GAUAAAUACAUCUGCUUACACUUACAAAAUCGAAGUUCAAGUUCCAACAGAUAUUCUAUUAAGGAAGUGAACCCAUUCUUAAUUGAAUAUAGCUGGGAAUACUAAGAAUAAAUAGCAAUAGCACACUGUAGCAGGGCGGCACAUCGAGAACUUCUGUUGAAUAAAAUGUACAGUCGUAUUGGAUGUAUUAACAUUUUAAAAGUUCUGAUUUUAGCAGUGUCCACCACAGGAGAUGUUAAAGCACAAGUUAUCAUCAGAGAAGUCCCUUCAGAUAAAGCGGCAAAAGUUGGCGAUUCUGAGAGUGUCCUUAAAUGUACAGUAUCUACAAUUGGUCAGCAUCGUAUCUCCUGGUCUGUAGAUGGGCGUCCGAUAUCAUCAAAUAGAAAAGUGGCAAAUGAGCUCGCAAACAAAUUUGAGAUUCAAAGUAGCUAUGAUCUGGUAGUAAAGAAUAUCCAGCUUGACGAUGGUGGGAAAUAUGCAUGUUACCAGAGCUCACCAGAUAUAAAACAAAUCGGCAGUGCAGAGUUAAAUGUGUAUGAUGAGAUUGUCUGCCCUGAAGAUACAGUCAACAAAAUGGAGAAUGAUUCUAUUUCACUUGUUUGUGCUGUUGAUUUCAUUGGUGAU